AUGACUAUCCUGGUGUCAAGACUGAAGAUGUUUCAGCUUUGGAAACUUGUUCUCUUGUGCGGCCUGCUCAAUGGGGCCUCGGCGUCUGUUCUUGGAGAUUUCAGUGGCACCCUGAGUAAAACUGUGGACAAUCUGAAACCUAUUAUUGAAGGUGAUAAUCUGAAAUCUGUUGUUCAAGGUGAUAACAGUGUGCUUCAAGGUGACAUCCUGAAAAUCAACGACAAACUACAAGAGAUCCAGCAAUCCCAGUCUUUCCUCCAGAUCAAAAACCAGCUUCUGGAUACCACAAACUUGUUGCAAAGUCCCUUGUCUUUGCUGACAGCAAAUGGAAUUCAGCUGAAAAUCACCGACAUUGCCAUGCUGGGUAUUAAACCUGAGUUGUCUGCCAACGGCAAAGACCUCCAGCUGCGAGUCCCACUUACUGCCAAAGUGUCUGUGGUCCUGCCUCUCCUUAAGCAGGUGUUGGACUUGUCAACCACUGUGGAUCUUGUGGGCGGACUCGCAAUUGAAAAGGAUCCCCAGACCAAACAGCUGAAGGUAACCUUGUCAAAAUGCUCCAUUGACUUAGACAAACUCUCCAUCUCCAUACUGAACAGAAUGGGCUGCCGCUCCAAAUUCUCUCUGAGCUUCUUUUCUCACUUUGGGUCCAGUCCGGAGCCCUCCCCCUAG